CGGGAGCGAACGCAUCGCGAGAAAGAGAUGCAGCAAACGCCCGAAGACAGCCCGAACACUGAGCAGUGGAAGUUUCGAACAUCAACUUCGAAAAAAAAACCCGUUUUCGCAAUCACAACAAACAAACGUCAAAGCUGCUGAUUGGUAAACAAACUGGUACCCCGCGGCAACAAACAGCGUGAAGGAAAAGCCCUGAAACAAUCUAUGUGACCGCCGGGGUGGCAGAUCGAUUGAAUAUUGGUUGUACGAAUGGAAAACGAAACUAUGAUGGUUUAUGCUGUGAAACAGGAAGUUUGCGAAGUUCCAGAUGACCACGAGCGAAUGGAGCACAAUACUUUGGAGAGCAGUAGUAGUACAACGAUCGAUCCGGACACGGCAAGACUUUUUCAGGGUACCAAAAUGGAAAGUCCUUCUAGCGAAACUGGACAUGAAGCGGCGGCAUAUGGUAGCGCUUGUAACAACUUUUCCGCAGUACAAAUUAAGGUAGAAAGGCAUGAUCCAUGCUCCAAUAUGCUGAGCGAACCUACAGAGCAUGGGCCCACAGCGGGUAAUGCUGUGGUUGAUGAAGAAUCAACAGGUUUUCGGAGUACCAAAGUGGAGUAUCCUUACAGCGAUGAUAUCGAUUUGGAAGCUACAAAGAUAACACCUGCCUAUGAUACCGAGCCGUGCAACUAUGUCGGUGUGCCGAUUAAGGACGAACCAUACGAUUCGAGCGCAGAACAAGGUAUGCCCGAACCGGCCUUAGACCCGUACGAAACGACAGCUCACGAAAAGGAGAUAAAAGUUGAAAAUGUUCCAUUCGAUAUGGAACAGCAAAAUCCAGUAUUGGUAGAUGGAACAGAUGAACCCACUGUAGACGGUCGCGACGCAACGCGAGAUGAUGAUUCUGCAAACCAAUGCCAACGCGUGUAUGCCAAUGGGGUUUUGUACGAAGUGCGUGUAGUAGCUGAUGGUUGCGGUACGGAGAACGUUCCAGCUGACCAACAGCAACCGUCAUGCAGCAAGUCCGUAACCGAUGUUAUGAGCUCGAUCAAAUUGCUGGGAGAAAAUAAGCAAUACCAGUGCGAUCGCUGUGAGAAGUCCUUUUGUGAUAAGAUGGAGUUAAAGAUUCAUAAACGCAACCACCAGUUUACCGUAUGUCCCGUGUGCAAGCGAACCAUGCGUACCGAUUUCGUCAAACGGCACAUCGCGAGGGUACACCCGGAUGAUGGUAUUCUGCCGCAAAACCGAUCCUUCCCGUGCGAUGAAUGUGAUCGAGUGUUUUCGAACGACGUUCAGCUAAAGAACCAUCAGCUGUCGCACAAGAAACAGGGUUGCCCGGUAUGCGGUAAAAUCGUACGAUCCGAUUAUUUGAAACGACACAUGGAUUUGAACCACCCGAAGGAGGUGAAUGAUUGCGACGGCAGUACGUACCCGUGCGACCAGUGCGAAACGGUGUUAAGCAAUAAGUAUUUACUGUUCUUCCACAAGCGCACCCACCAAACGGAAGAGUGUCCGGUAUGCAAGGAAACGCUACGCGCCGGUUACAUGAAGAUUCACAUUGACAUGAAACACCCGGACCACAGCACGCUGCCCGAAAAUCCUGCCUUCAAAUGCGAGCAGUGCGAGAAAACGUUCGGCUACAAGGCGGCACUGACGCUUCACAAGCGCAAACACCGGUUGACUGAGUGUCCGGUGUGUAAGAAGACGGUUCGGACCGACUGUUUGAAGCGCCACAUGGACUUUAACCAUCCCAACGACGUUAGUGCGCCGGAGAGUGUGUCGCGUGUUCCGUCUGCUGAUGCCGAUGGUGGCAGCAGUGCGCCCCCAUUUGCAAACGAAAGACGCGUGCCACAAACGGAAGAUUGUCCCGAGUGCAAGGAAACGUUCCGGAGCGACUAUUUGAAGAUUCACAUAGCGAUGAAGCAUCCGAACGAUAGUGCAUUGCCCGAGGAUCGACCAUUCCGGUGCGAUCAGUGUGAGAAAUCAUUUUGCUACAAAACGCAGCUAAGGCUCCACAAGCGUAACCAUCGGCUGACGGAGUGUACUGUUUGCCAAAAGUCCAUGCGAUUGGACUGUCUGAAACUGCACAUGUCCCGGAUGCAUCCUAGCGUUGUAAGCAGCGUCAGUACGCAAAACUAGUUCAUGGCUGCCUAUUUGCUGCCAGCUUUAUAGCGCUAUUAAUUGUGUCCUGGAGUACACUAAAAUGGCUGCUAAGUACGCUACUAGGGUAGUGGAAUAGCUAAUAUUGAUAUUAUAGCAUUUUCAAGUGAACUGCAUGCCACGAUAGUAUUUGCGGAAAACAACCGUAAAAAUAUCUUGUGAGAGAAUCCGUAAAUCGUUCAAAAUUUUAUCAACAAACAUUACAAUAGCGUCAUUUUUCUCAUCGUUACCGUAACCGAUAUAGGGCUCUGGUCUUGCAAUGCUACCUACGGAUUAGUUGCCUCUUAACUUAUAAUAUAAUAUAAAGCGUUUUUAGUAAGAAUAAAACUGAAUCGAUUGUA